GUCACGUGCCACGCGUCCGGGGCGGAGCCGAGCCAGGAUUUUUUAGGGUCCAGGCACCUAGGGCUCCCCAGCCAGCCCUGUCCUUAGUUCCUCUCUCUGUACCACCCGUUCCACGACAGCCAAGAUGAUGUGUGGCGGGCCAUCCGCCACAAUGCCGGCCACGGCCGAGACGCAGGAGAUCGCCGACAAGGUCAAGCACCAGCUGGAAGAGAAAGAAAAUCAGAAGUUCGGUGUCUAUAAAGCCAUAUCCUUCAAGACACAGGUGGUGGCCGGUCGCAACUUAUUCAUCAAGGUUGAUGUUGGUGAUGAUAAAUAUGUGCACUUGAGGGUGUUCGAACCCCUCCCGCACGAAAACAAGCCUUUGACCUUGUCUUCCUACCAGACCAACAAAGAAAAACACGAUGAGCUGACCUACUUCUGAGUCUGCAGCCGCUUUGCCAAAUGCUUCAUCUCUCCGAUCUGUGUUUGGGUCCACGAAGUAAAUACCCCUCUGUGAUUGAGGCGGUGGGGUGGGGUUAAGCAGCUUCUUUAGUGAUUCCCGAACUACAUUGUGUUUUGUUUUCUUCCAAAUAAUUAUUUUCAGAAAGCUGUAUAUGAUCUCUCUAAAUA